CGUUGUGCUCAUCACUGUCCGCUCCAUGUCCCACGCACGCCGACGUAGCCAUCGCGUCGACCCGCUCUAUAAAAGCACGGAGCCUCAUCGCGGUAGCCAGACACUCGCCUGACAUCGACACGGUAGCUUGUAGCGUUUGUGCUUGCUUGUCUCUUGGUUGGAAGUCAAGUCCACGCAGCGCGCGCGGAUGAAGAAGCAGUGCGGCGGCGGGUGCCUGGGCGCGCCGAUGCGCGCGCUGUCGCGGGCGUGCGACUCGGCCUGCGACCUCUACGUGCGCGGCAUGUCCGGAUGCGCGCACCGGGUGCCGUCGGGGGCGGCCGGCGCCGUAGGGCGCGGGUUCGGCAGGUCGCCCACGAUGUCCCCGCCCCUGCGGACCAGCUCGGACAGUGUCGACGACCUCGUCCGCGCCGCGUCCAGGCGGCAGCGGCGCGUCGCGGCCGAGCCGUCGGAAGUGGAGGGGGCCGGGGCAGGCAAGAAGGGCGCCGCGGAGAUGAUCAGCGCGGCGCCGGCCGUCAAGACCCCGGCUCGGAAGAAGGGCGCCGCGGCCAUGGGGACCAUCGCCGAGGACGCGCCGUGCGAGUUCGGCGCGGACGGCUCCUGCGCUAUUGGCUCCGCGCCGCCAAGGAGGCGCGGCGCGGCGGCGGGCCGCCUCACCACGCGCCCCGCUGUCGCUGGGUUCGGCGCCAUCAAGGCCGGGAACGAGGUCUUUGCGCACUAAGCGAUGCAUGCGAUGCGCACUCUACUCGUCCUGCCAGACAUCUCAAGAUUGCACCCCUUUUUUCCCUCUUUUCCUUUCUCGUCUUGCUGUGUAAAUUAUUGUACGAUAACUACGAGAGCACAGGCAAUUUGUCGUUAAGAAAACUAUGAAUGUGAUGUGAUUGCUCAAAA